AUGCGGCAGAUUGCACAGAUAGACAGACGUAACCGGGCUGUGACUGCUAGCGACCAGGCCAUGAGCCGAACGGUGAGGGAACUAAUGGACUCUGCCCAGGAGAUGCGCCGCGCCACGGAGAUGAUCGAGAGGCUCGCGUCCGAGCUCCAGGGCCAGCAGACCGAACUGGAGAUCAUGGCUCACAAGGUGCGGUUGAAGCAGGAGAUGAUGCUCGAGAUCAUUGACGACAUCGCCGCGGUCGCCGAGAACGACCCUGGAAACCUGAUGGUCGAGCUCCAGGAGUGGAGGACUGCCAUCGUCGAGUCCGACUUAAUCACCGGUGUCAAUGAUCGCUCCCACGAGGUCGAGAGUUUGCUGGACUUGACGAGUGAGCUGAAUGAUCGAUGA